UGACGUCGUCAAAGUCACACUCACGUAAGCAGGUUAUUGCCGAGCCACGUUAGCAGUUUGAAAAUAAAAACAAAAACAAAAAAAAAAAGUUUUAACACGCUUAAAGAGUGACUUAAUCAGCGAUAGUUUAGUAAGCUACUAAAACAACAACAAUAACGCAAGCUUAAUCAUCAGCUGACUUUGCUGUUUACUAAGCAGAAUUUGCACCGCAUUUUGAACUUUCAAGUUAUUGCAACAAACAAAUUCUAAACGCUGACUAGUUUUGAAAUUUCAUACUUGACAAGAUAUGCAAAAUAAACAAAACUGCAAACAUUUCGGACCAACAUAUUAAUUGCUGAGCUAUUUACAACACAACAAUAGUGGUGAUUUCUACUACAGCAUUUAUCAGUGUUAGUUGUUAUCACUAAAUAAUUGAUAAGAUAAGUCGAAUCGCAUUAAGGCGAAAUCGAAUCGCAAAAUUGAACGUUUUGAUUUUUUUCGCGUGCACUUCAAUGUUGAUAGUUGCCUGCGAUCUGCCGAAACGAUAUCAUAGUGAGCGGUUAAACGGUUAAAAAAUAAAUUGGCGCAUUCAAAACAAAUAUAGACUUACAUCAUUUGAAUUUGAAAUAACCAAAGCAACAAAUAAACCAAUAACUCCAAAUCCAUAUAAACAAUUUAGUAACAAACACUGCGAGUAUGUCAACUCCACGUAUACAAUUUAAAGCAUUGAAGGGCUUCCCGCCAGCCACGGAAGACAAAGUGGAAACCGAAGCAUUUCUGGAGUCUGCAAGAGAAAUUGUCACUGUAAUUGAGUCCUUUGGCAAACUAUUUACACCUGUGAUAAGUGACAUGAAUGGCAACAUUACGAAAUUAACAAAAGUCUAUAAUAUGGACAAAAUCAAAUAUGUCUACCUUGAGGAUAUGAUCAUUUUGAAUGUGAAUGUGAACAAUUUCGCUGCGGACGCACUUUUGUGGUUGAAACGUGGUCUACAAUUGAUUUGCACCUUCUUCGAAAACAUCUUUCACGAUGCACAAUGUGCGGACGUGCUGAAACCGCAUCUGCAGAAUGCAUACGAGCGCACGCUGAAGCCUUAUCACGGUUUCAUAGUACAAGGCACCAUAAAAAUCAUCUACAAUUGGGUGCCAACGCGUUCACAGCUGAUCGGUCAAGGUGAGACGCACGAUGAGAAUCUGCAAGAAUUGCAAAAAUUUCUACCAACAAUGCGUAGCCACUUGAAUCGCAUCGAUGCGCUGCUGAAGCAAUACAAUUUAGAUGAUGUGAAGAAGGCGUGAGCAAUGCGCAGCGGCGACGUGUUUUUUUUAUUAUUUUUCAUUAUUUUAUUGUUGUUUAUUUUUCUAAAAUACUGUACCAGUUCCAAUUCAGAGAGGCUGCUGCAAUGACAACGCGCUUAGCGCUUAAUUAAGGCCAGUUUUAACUAUUUUAUAUGUUUCUAUGUGGUGGCUCACUUGAUUUUAUGCAUAAUAUAUAUUUAAGAAUUUUAUGUUU